AUGACACAAGCAAGUACAUGCCCUGCAUUCUCAAGCCCAACACUAUGGAUGCAGGGCACCUCCGGGCUUGGGUUGUGGUGGAAGAGGUUGCACAGCCGCCUUGACCUACUGCGUCAAUUGGAGGUGCCAAGCUGCCGCCUUCGGCGGGCCUCUUCCAUGAAGUCCUUUCUCGAGAAUAGGAAGGCGGCUAAGUACUUGCUCUUGUUUGUAAUUAUGUUGGGCACCGCCAUGGUCAUUGGAGACGGGAUCCUCACACCAUGCAUAUCCGUAUUGUUGGCUGUUGGGGGCAUAAGAGAAGCCGCACGUUCACUUGGAGAUGAUCAAAUCAUGUGGAUCUCUGUGGUGAUCUUGAUCCUUCUACUUCAAGUGCAAAGGUUCGGGACUUACAAGGUUGGAUACAGCUUCGCCUCGAUUCUCUCUGUAUGGUUCCUCAGUAUCGGACUGAUCGGCAUCUACAAUUUCGCGAGACAUGACUUGGGAGUGAUCAGAGCCCUCAAUCCACUCUACAUCGUCCAGUUCUUCAUGAAGAACAAAAAGGAAGCAUGGAGUUCUUUUGGAGGGGUGAUUCGACGCAUAACUGGUAGUCCAAACAUCUAG